ACUCCGCGUGCCGUUCCAGGCUGGCAAUCCAGCACUCUGCUGCAGUCUGGCCCAUCCAUCCGUCUCCGUUCCGGGCAUGCGGCGUUGAGGCGUACCCCUACACGUGUAUCUGUCAGAUAGACCCUGCCUUUACCUGGUGCUGAUGCUCUUCCUAGAUUACACCCUCAACAACCCCGACACCCUCACCAAGUACAAGACGGCCGCGCAGAUCUCGGAGAAGGUCCUGGCCGAGGUGUCUAGGCUCUGUGUCGCCGGCAGCAAGAUCGUCGACAUCUGCGAGCAGGGAGACAAGCUGAUUGAGGAGGAACUGUCCAAGGUCUACCGUGGCAAGAAGAUUACCAAGGGCUUUUCCCACCCCACCACUGUCUCUCCGGCCGCCUUCGUUACCCCUUACACUCCGCUCAGGUCGGACGAGAAGGAGGCCGCCGUCGAGCUGCAGGCCGGUGAGCCAGUGAAGAUUCAGCUGGGAGCGCAGAUCGAUGGCUUCGGCUCCAUUCUGUGCGACACUGUCCUGGCAAAGAAGGCCGAUGAAGCGCAGGAUGUCAUUGAGGGCCGGUCUGCCGACCUGCUCCUGGCCACGUACUAUGCCAACGAGCUGCUGCUGCGGCUGAUGCUGCCGCCCGGUCUCUUGACCCAGGGAACAGACGAGGAGAAGGCGAAGGCGGCUGCCGCCAAGCCACGGACCCAGUCCCAGAUCACCAGCCUCCUGGAGAAGGUCGCCCAGGCCUACGAAUGCAAUCUCGUCGAGAGCACCACCUCGUGGCUCUUUGACCGGAACGAGAUUGAGGGAAAGAAGAAGAUUGUUAUUGCCCCCGGCGAGGGCACCAAGGGCGAGGGCGUCCCCGAGGUGGGCGAGGUCUGGGGUGUCGAGAUGGGCGUCAGUCUGGGUUCGGGCAAGGUCAAGCAGUUUGAGCAGCGGACCACGCUCCACCGCCGCACGGCCAACACGUAUGCGCUGAAGCGGCCUACCUCGCGCAAGAUUCUGUCCGAGGUUCAGAAGAAGUUCGGCACCUUCCCGUUCAGCCUGCGGCAGCUUGAGGACGAGCGCGACGCCAAGUCGGGUGUCAUUGAGUGCGUGCGCGGCAACGUCUUCCGCCAGUACGAAGUCACGGGCGACAAGGACAACGCGCCGGUUGCCAGGCUUCUGACCACCAUUGCCAUCACCAAGAACGGCAUCACCAAGCUGGGUGCCCCGCCGGCUUUGGACCUGAGCAAGGUCAAGUCGGAUAAGAAGAUUGAGGACGAGGAGGUUCUCAAGAUCCUGGAGCAGCCGCUGGCCCGGAAUACAGGCAAGAACAAGAACAAGAAGAAGAAGAAGAAGCCGGCCAAGAAGCCCGCUAAGGAGGAGGACGAGGAUGAGGAGGAGAGUGACGAUGAGUAAGGGGAUCCAGCGUCGUGGAUGGACCGGAAUGGAGCGAAAGGGCGUGGGUGGCAGGCGCACGGCUCGCUCUUUCUUGCUGCAGGCUCUGCAUCAAGCAUUGCUAGGGGUUUGAGGCGGAUGAGAUGCUCAGCUUCGACCAGCAGAGCGGAUG